UUUGCUCUCCGCCCUGCGCCGCGCACGCGCAGUAAGCACUUGCCCUGAGGGGGGCCGACUGUGUUUACAGCUGACGGGGGAGCCCGGCGCGCGGAGAAGAGCAGCUAUCGAGAGUUAAUUUCUGAAUCUGUGUGAACCAUGGGAGGUGCCGUGAGCGCCGGAGAGGACAACGAUGAAUUAAUUGACAAUCUGAAAGAGGCUCAAUACAUCCGGACUGAGCUGGUAGAGCAGGCCUUCCGGGCUGUGGAUCGAGCAGACUAUUACCUUGAAGAGUUCAAGGACAACGCUUACAAAGACUUGGCUUGGAAGCAUGGGAACAUUCACCUCUCUGCUCCUUGCAUCUACUCGGAAGUCAUGGAAGCUCUGGAUUUGCAGCCAGGGCUUUCCUUCUUGAAUCUGGGAAGUGGCACCGGCUACCUGAGUUCCAUGGUUGGCCUUAUCUUGGGUCCUUUUGGCGUUAAUCAUGGUGUGGAGCUUCACUCGGAUGUUAUAGAAUAUGCAAAGCAGAAGCUGGACUUCUUCAUCAGAACAAGUGACAGCUUUGACAAGUUUGAAUUCUGUGAGCCUUCCUUUGUCACGGGGAACUGCUUAGAGAUCUCCCCAGACUGCUCUCAAUAUGACCGCGUGUAUUGCGGGGCCGGGGUCCAGAAGGAGCAUGAAGAUUACAUGAAGAAUUUGUUGAAAGUUGGUGGGAUUCUUGUCAUGCCUUUGGAGGAGAAGCUGACUAAGAUAACUCGAACUGGCCCAUCAGCCUGGGAGACGAAGAAGAUCUUGGCUGUUUCAUUUGCUCCUCUAAUUCAGCCCAACCAUGCGGAUUCGGGAAAGACAAAACUUGUUCACUUGCCCCCAGUGAUGGUUCGCAACCUGCAAGACCUGGCCCGCAUUGCCAUCCGCAGCACCAUCAAAAAGUUGUUGCACCAGGAAAUGGCAGGCCGAAAUGGGAACGGCCUCCGGAACCCUCCUCGGUUUAAGCGGCGUCGCGUCCGGCGCCGGCGCAUGGAAACUAUCGUCUUCUUGGACAAGGAGGUCUUUGCCAGCCGGAUCUCGAACCCCUCUGAUGAUAUCCAUUGCGAGGAGGUGGAGGAGGAGGGCAGGGAAGAGGUGGAGAAAACCAUCCCCGAACUGAAGCCCGAGCCUCCUGUCAACUUGCUGAGGGAGAAGGUCUUGAGUCUGCCUCUGCCCGACCCUCUGAAAUAUUACCUGCUGUAUUACAGAGAAAAAUAAGGCCUAAAGCAAGAGAGGUAGGCAGGACAAUAAAAAACACCCAGUAGGGCUUGACCGCUGUAUGCCAAUUGCUUGCCUGUUGAUGUGGCCACGCGUCGUGGUGGUAGUGGUGAGCUCGUCCGGGAAGGUGGUUGCCCGUGUACUUAAAACAUGUGAUAGCAUUCUUUCAGAUUCCUUCCCUUGGUUUGUGUGCUCCAGUUUUGUCCUGCAGCAGAACUUCCUUGGUGGGGAGGGACGGGGUGGGGACAGGCUGACAGCAAAACCUUAUGGAAACGAGGGUUUUGUCCAGUACAAACAGAAAAAAAAUAACGUUGUGGAGGUAUCAGUGGAUUGCCUCCCCCCUUUUCUUUUUGCCGAGUGGCACUUUCCCCAAAAGUGAAAAGCAGCAAGAUAAGUAGAAUCCCACAGACAAGCACAGAAUCUACAAAUGGGCAUAGGAUCAUUUUUUUGUGUUGAAGGCCCAGAUAAAGUCCUUUCUUUUUUGUCUCUUUAUAGAAAGAGGUACUUCUUUAAAAAGAGGGGUGAUGUUUUCUCCAGAGAAUCGGGGAGGUCUCCCAAAAACUGUAUUUGAUCCAAGUUGGGGAGUUUCCAGCAAAAAGAAACCUAAAAUGCAGGAUGUUGCACUGCAGAAAGUUUUUUUUUUUUCUGUUUUGGAGUUGGUAACAUUUCCUACAAGAAUGUGAAAUGGCAAGGAAGAGAAUGGUAGGAGAAGGAAAUGCAGGCGUCUAUUUUUAAAAGCCGCAAAACAAUCCUGCGUGCUCUUGGCUGCCAGACAAAGUAUACAGUGUGAGUAAAUAGUCGGUUUCAAUUACAGGCAGGAGCGUCUAAUUCUUUUGCUGUGUAAUUCUGUUUAAUAUUAUAUACUCAAGUCCACCGACCUCAUGUAUAAGGCGAGGGCAGGUUUGGGGGCCAAAAUUAUGGAUUGUCGUAGGACCUGUGGAUAAAUCAAGGACUAUUCCAUGGAGAAGGGGAAGCUCCAGCAUCACCUUAGGGGUCAGCCAGCACCAUUUUCCUACCAAGACAUUUGAAAAGGCCAGAGGUUUUGCAGUGAUAGAGUAGAGGAGUCUGUGCAUCUUUUAGGUUGUUCCAGAGUGGACUAAUCUUUUACAUUUUGCUAUUCUACUCAGAGAAGGGGAUGCUUCCUUUUGGAUAAGAAUUAAGCCACGGUACUUUCAAUUACCUGUGGAUAAGACAACCCAGGUUUUUGGAGAUGAUUUUUGACUAAAGUUUCUAGAUUUACACAUGAGUAUAUAUAGGGUACAUCCAGUUCAUAAAUGUAAACAAAAAUAAUCAUCCGAGUGCAUUGUCUUGUCCUUUGGCAAGUAGGGGCUUCUGCUGCAUGAAAAGGGCAAGAAACUUCUCUAGUUGGGCUUUAUAACUGAAGCAAAGGCCCUUGCCCCCAACUCUUCUGAUUGUUGACGUCCCGUUAAUGACACAGAUAUAUGUUAGUUUGACCUGUUUCACUGAUCUACAUACAGGACAUAAAAUUGAAUCCUUUACUUAAAGUUAUUAGGGGUUUUUUUUAUCUGUGGCCUGGGAAUUUGGAAAAUUUGUGGAAAUUCUGGGCUGAAAAUACCAAUUAUUCCCUAAAAAGGUUAACAAAUCUUUUCCAGACGAUUUUCAGUUUCCUCUGGAGUUGCCUAUUUUGAUUCAAUCUUGAAAUGCAUGUUGGUUUGCAGUGGUCUUCCUUAGGUUUCAGAGACAAGUUAAGGACUGUCCUAUGUAGGAUUAGAUCAUAUAUCAAGAGUCUUUCAAAUCCAUCUCUCUAGUGUGCAAAAGGGGAAUCCAA